ACUCUCUCUCUCUCUCUCUCUCUCACACUCCAAAAUGCAGCACGACCAAAUGACACUGAACCACCAAUGCAUCACCUCCUUCAAAACCCUAACACCCCACCUCAGCUGCCUCGCCGCCAACCGCAACCUCCUCUAUGCUGCUGCCUUCAACCAAGUCCACGUCUUCGACUUAUCGACCCGAGCCCAUGUCGACUCCUUUAAAGCCGCCAACUCCUCCUCCGGCUCCAUCAAAUCCAUCGCCUUCUCCGGCUCCAAGGUCUUUACCGCCCACCAAGACCGCAAGAUCCGUGUCUGGCAAGUCAUGGCGGGGCCUUCGAGACGGCACCGACUCCUGUCUUCGCUGCCCACCCUCAAAGACCGCCUGACGCGUUUUAUCUUGCCCAAGAACUACGUUCAAGUGAGGCGCCACAAGAAGCGGCUCUGGAUCGAGCAUGGCGACACUGUCUCUUCUUUGGCCGUCAAGGAGGGUUUGAUGUACUCAGUCUCAUGGGACAAGAGCUUGAAAGUGUGGGACGCGUGCGAGAACAAGUGCUUGGAGUCCGUGAACAAAGCACACGAUGACGCCGUCAAUGCUGUGGUGGUUUCUGACGAUGGGACGGUUUACACGGCGUCGGCUGAUGGAGCAAUUAGGGUAUGGGAGAAGAAGGAGAAAGAAAGGAGGCACAGGUUGAUGCAUGUGUUGGAGAGGCACAAAUCCAGCGUGAAUGCGCUUGCGUUGAACGACACUGGCGACGGCGGAUUGUUCUUGUUCUCAGGGGGUUCCGACUGUUCGAUUGGGGUGUGGCGGAGAGAUGAUGGCCGUGAUCGGAUGGCAUUCCUGGAGGCGCUGUGGGGUCAUGGAGGGGCCGUACUGUGCUUGACCGUCGUUGGCAAUAACGUGUUGCUCAGCGGAUCGAGCGAUCAGACGGUGAGGGUGUGGCGGCGGGGCGAGGAGGAUGGUGGGUAUUGUUGCGUGGGAACGAUGGGAAAGCACGAAAGGCCGGUGAAGUGGUUGGUGAGAGUUUCAACUUCAACAGAUGCUUCUGAUAAUAAUGAGAACGAUGCAAUCACAGUUUGUAGCGGAAGUCUUGAUGGAGAGAUUAAGCUAUGGGAGAUUUCUGCUUAAUUACAUUAGCACCUCAGGAUCAGAUUAGUUUAUCGCACCGCACCGUC